AUGUGUUUAUACCGUAUUUGGAUUCUUUUGUCAUUGUAUUCAUUGAUGAUAUAUUGGUAUUACCGUCGCAAGGAGGAGCACGAACAACAUUUGAGAAUUGUGCUCCUGAUUUUACGGGAGAAGAAGUUGUAUGCUAAGUUCUCCAAGUAUGAGUUUUGGCUUAAUGCAGUGGCAUUCCAGAGCCACGUGGCAUCUAGUGAUGGGAUCAAGGCGGAUACAAAGAUUAUUGAGGACAGCAUGAUGAUUGUGUACAUGUCGCGUCAGCUGAAUCCCCAAGAGAAUAAUUAUCGGGUACAUGAUUUGGAGUUAGCAGCUAUUGUGCAUGCGCUUAAGAUUUUGAGACAUUACUUAUACGAUGUGUCUUGUGAGAAUGAUUUGAACUUGAGGCAACAGAGGUGGUUAAAGUUGUUAAAGGAUUAUGAUAUCACUAUCUUGUAUCAUCCUAGUAAGGCUAAUGUAGUAGAGGAUUCCUUGAGUAAAACGGCGGAGAGUAUGAGGACUUUGGCAUUUAUUCCAGCUAUGGAGAGGCCUUCUGCUAUUGAUGUUCAAGGUCGGAUUUGUGUUCCUAAUAUGGAUAGUUUGAUGGAGUUGAUUCUUGAGAAGGAUCAUAGAUCACGGUAUUCUAUUUGUCUAGGUGCUAUAAAGAUGUACCUUGAUUUGAAGAAGCAUUACUGGCAGCGGAGGAUGAAGAAGGACAUUGUUGGAUAUGUUGCAUGGUGUUUGAAUAGCCAUCAGGUCAAGUAUAAGCAUCAUAGAUCGGGUGGUUUACUUCAGAGGUUAGGGAUACCAUAG